CUUUGUUCAAAAGUAAAAAGCAGCACAUAGAAAGCCUGGGAAACGAAGUUUGAUACUCGAAGCUUCAGAGGACCAAGUCACUGACUAACCGGAGCUACAGAAAACAAUGCGCAGGCGUAGCCACCAUGAGGAGGGGGAUGAGCAGCAUUCCAGUAAUACACUUCCGAAGGAUGAUGAAGCAAGACGCUCGGAACAGAGUGAUGGUUCAGGCGUAGGGAAGAUGUCGGUUGUCAUCAACUUCAUCCCACUGAUCGCUUUAGCUGUCCUUGGCCAGCUUAACUCUAAUCCGAAACCUCUGUACUCGUUCAUACUCAUGCUGCUGUCACUCGCUUCCCUAUGUCUUUGGAUCAUUGCACUUAAGUACAGAUCGAAAGGGAAAACAGCUAUUCUUGGAUUGGUAUCUACUAUCUGUCAGUCUUUGGUUGCAGCAGCUAAUUGGGUUCUACUUGUUAUGCAUAGAAAGACACAGAUUCAAACAUCUGCUUGGCCAAUCUUGUUUGCCUCUGUUGUAUUAUAUUCAGCAUUUCAGCGUAACCGGACCCAGACAGACCAACCACAUCGUGUACAAUUACAGCCUUUACAGUCAAUAGUCAUCGACAAACCCACAUCCGAAUAUCAAGAAAGUUUCACACGUCUUCAAGAUCAUGCUAAAGCAACUCGCUGGAGAUACCUUUUGGUUUUAAAGAUUACUAUUGAACAGGCGUUUGCUAUUUUCAACCUCAUGGUGGAGUUCACUUCAGCUAUAUUUGAUCUGCUCUCCUCUGAGCCCAAACCUCUGUAUGCGCUGAUAUUAAUGUUGCUGCCAUUUGUAUCCCUUUUGCUUUGCUUAUACGAGGUUUACCGCAAAGGAAAAACGGAAAGAGUUACAUGGAGCUUCUGGGAUAAGGUUGGAUUGAUAUGUGCCGUGGUUCAGCCCAUACCUUCAACAUUUAAUUUUGCUUUGGUUCGUCAACAGAAGGGCCAGGUCCAGAUAUCUGUGUUGCCUCUCGUUUUUGCCCUUGCUCUAUCAUGCUCCGAGGUUUGGGAAAGUCCAAAUAUGACAGGGAGUGAGGGAAACAUUGAUGAGGAAGAACAAGUUGUUCCCAUUAAUCAGAAACAGGGAGUGACUGAAGUGUCGACCCUAAAGAAAGAGAGUGAAUCAACUGCCAGUGAAGAAGGGAAAAGUGGCCUCCCGAAUCAAAGUCAGCUCGGAGGGAAUGAAGAGGUGUCCCCAAAGAAAGAAAAAAGUGUUGUUAAAGAUGAUAAUAAAAUGGCCCCAAAGACAGAGGACAGUUGGGAUAUCUGGGUCAAAUGGGAACCCGUCUUCACGGAUACCCCGGUAUCACCGAAGAGCAUCCGGGUAUCCUCGGAGAGGAGAAGGAUAAGACGUCCGCUGUUGACUCCAGGAGAACGGAUGAAAGCGCUCAUUAAGGAGAUUAGAGAGACGCUUUUCACAGACGAGAUUUGGCCAUUAGCAAAAAACGAAGAGUCUGUGCGGGGGAAAAAGAAAGAACUUAUGCGAGAGCCAACAAGAAGAAAGACGGAUACCAUACUAAGAAGAAGAAGGGAUACCGGGCGACAUAGUUAUUUCAACUAAUUAGUUUUAAAUGCCCGUGCUUUCGACGGACUUUUUUUUUCUAUAUUCUCUGAUUAUUUUCGUAAUAAUUUUUAUGGAGAAUUUGUUUGAAAAAAAGUGUUGGUUGAGUU